GCCCCUCGCUCUGAGUGGCUUCCUGUUGCUGUCUCUAAACCUCUCCACAUUCCUGCAGAUCUUCAGACUGCCCGGAGAGCUCUGCCUGCUGCCUGCCUGCCACUGAGGUUCCCAGCACCAUGAAGGCCUGGAUCUUCUUUCUCGUUUGCCUGGCCGGAAGGGCCUUAGCAGCCCCUCAGCAGGAAGCCCUGCCUGAUGAGACAGAGGUGGUAGAGGAGACUGUGGCCAAGGUGGCCGAGGUGGCUGAGGUACCUGUGGGAGCCAACCCCGUACAGGUGGAGGUAGGAGAAUUUGAAGAAGUUGAGGAAACCGAAGAGGAAGUAGUGGCCGAAAACCCCUGCCAGAACCACCACUGCAAACACGGCAAGGUGUGCGAGCUGGAUGAGAACAACACCCCCAUGUGCGUGUGCCAGGACCCCACCAGCUGCCCUGCCCCCGUGGGCGAGUUUGAGAAGGUUUGCAGCAACGACAACAAGACCUUCGACUCCUCCUGCCACUUCUUUGCCACAAAGUGCACCCUGGAGGGCACCAAGAAGGGCCACAAACUCCACCUGGACUACAUUGGGCCUUGCAAAUACAUCCCCCCCUGCCUGGACUCUGAGCUGUCUGAAUUCCCCCUUCGCAUGCGGGACUGGCUCAAGAACGUCCUGGUCACCCUGUAUGAGAGGGAUGAGGGCAACAACCUUCUGACGGAGAAGCAGAAGCUGCGAGUGAAGAAGAUCCACGAGAAUGAGAAGCGCCUGGAGGCUGGAGACCACCCCGUGGAGCUGCUGGCCCGAGACUUCGAGAAGAACUACAACAUGUACAUCUUCCCCGUGCACUGGCAGUUCGGCCAGCUGGACCAGCACCCCAUUGACGGGUAUCUGUCCCACACCGAGCUGGCCCCGCUGCGUGCACCGCUCAUCCCCAUGGAGCACUGCACCACCCGCUUCUUCGAGAACUGUGACUUGGACAACGACAAGUACAUCGCCCUGGAGGAGUGGGCUGGCUGCUUCGGCAUCAAGGAGAAGGAUAUCGACAAGGAUCUCGUGAUCUAGAUCCACGCCUGCUCCUGCAGAGCCGGAUUCUCUCUCUUUGAUCUCCCCUCCCUGUUCCCCUCAUGUUUAAAAUGUUUGGAUGGUUUGUUGUUCUGCCUGGGGACAAGGUGCUAACAUAGAGUUAAAUGAACACAUUAACGGUGCUAAAAACGGAAAUUGUAACCCCAUCACCACCUUCUAGCUGUCCCUUGACUGCCAAGGCCUCGCUCACCCAUUCGCAUGCUCACUUCCUCCUGGCGGUGUGGCCGCUGUCUUACUGGCCUGAGUGGAAACUCAUCUACUCAGGCUGCUUUGAACACACAUUGCAUCCUGAGACUUUCCCCUGUUACUCUGCUUGCAGUGAGUGCUCACCAAGUCAGACUUUGUGUUACUUUGACCUCAUGGGAUUGGCUGCCCGUGGCUCUUCCCCAGGUGGCCUGGAGGUGGGUGAAGGGAAGUAAUGGACAGGUGAUGCUGGCAGAGUUUCUGGGACUGGAGGACCAGGGGUGGGAGAAGCUGUGCAGAGUCCUCCGGCCAGAGCGGCAAGUCCUGUCUCCUGGGGCCGACAGAAGUUCCUAGGGCUGUGCCAUGAAGUAUGCCACCUCUCUCAGAGCCCGGCUCCUCCCCAGCCCCUUUGCCGUUCAGUGCAGUUUCUUUCUGCACUGGGCUGUUGGUUCAAACAGUGGGAGUCAUGGACCAUCAGUUUCCUAGGGGGUGGAUCAGCACAACCUCCGGGGACUGUGAGGUAUUUCUGGCAGGAAGGCCCAAAUCAAGAGAGGGAUGGAGAAAGUUGUGAAAUAGAAAAAGUGGAGUUGGUGAAUUUUUGCUUCUUCACAUUUGGAUGGCUGCCAUAAGGCUCCUAGUAGCUUCCUCCUUUUCUUCCCUCCUUUCCCCAUCUAUUAAUCAAGAGAAACUUCAUCAUCAAUGGGAUGGUUGGAUCUCACAGGCUGAGAACUCGUUCACCUCCAAGCAUGUCAUGAAAAAGCUGCUUCUCAUUAAUCUUGCAGACUCUCGCCACGAUGUGAAGAGUUUGACGAAUCUUUCCAAAUAAACAGUAACGACUUAGAAACUGC